AACGGUCACGAUCCUCUCAAAAAAUGAUUAGAUUCGAGAUCCAGAUCGACGGCUAUAAAUAACUCCUUCAGACUGUGUGGCGACGUCAGAUGGCGACGUCCAACUGUAGCAGCUAUGGCGGCAAUCUGCCGAAGAUACUCGUGGCGCUUCUGGCGCCUCUUCCUUCUAUAAUUUUCUAUCUCUCCUUCCUCCGGCGGUAUUCCGCCGCAGAAGCGGAUUCGCUUGCUGUUGUCUGGAAUUGGAGCUAUCGCCAUCCUAUGCUAUUGGCCAAUCUCCUCUUCCUUCUCAACGUCAAUCUUCUUUUCUGGCUUCUCGGUCUCCUCCAGUCCAGCCACUGGAUGAUUGAUUUGUAUUGGACGGUUAUACCUGUGUUGCUUGCCCAUUUCUUCGGUAACCAUCCGUUGGCGGAAUACAACGAUUUGAGGUCGAGAAUUGUUAUAAUUUUGACGUGGAUUUGGAGCAUUAGGCUGACUCAUAGCUAUUUCCGGCGAGAACGAUGGCAUUGGGGAGCUCGAGAAGACUGGAGAUUCGCCGAUAUGCGUCUCCAGUACGGAAAAAAUUGGUGGUGGGUUUCCUUCUUUGCUGUAUAUCUCUCCCAGCAGGUUUUUCUCAUGGGAAUAUGCUUUCCUCUCUAUGUUGUGCACUCAAAAGACAGGCAAUUGAAUGUCUGGGAUGUAAUUGCUGCUUUGGUAUGCUUAUCUGGUGUUACCAUUGCAUACUUUGCCGACACACAGCUUCACAAUUUUGUUACUAGAAACCAGAGACUAAAAGAGAUUGGCAAAGCAUUGGUACCUACUUUGGAUGAGGGGUUAUGGCACUAUUCGAGGCAUCCAAACUAUUUUGGGGAGCAAUUAUGGUGGUGGGGAUUGGCAAUCUUUGCUUGGAACUUGGAUUGUGGCUGGGCCUUCACAGGUGCAUUGAUCAAUAGCUUGUGCUUGGCCUAUGUCACCGUUCUUGUCGAGGACAGGAUGUUGAAGCAGCAAUACCGGGCUGAUGCAUACAAGCAUUACAAGAAAACAACUUCAGUAUGGGUACCGUGGUUCAAGACAUCCUCAGCAAUAAAAGAUAAGCAAACAUGAUCUAUAUUUGCUAGCCUCUUUUGCAUUUCUGAUUUGUAUGUGUGUGUUAAUAGUGGAUCUAAUUUUCUUGCAUUUAAGAGUUGUUCUAGUGUGUUCUCUUGUUGUUAUUGAAAUUCAGUUAAAAACAAAAUUGAUGCAAUCUGAUUCAGCAGCUAAGUAUUUUACUUUACAUUAGUCAAGUGAAGCUGUUUGAUAUAUUGUUUUUUCGAUGGAUAGGAGGCCUCCUUGAUCUUUCUGUACAGUAAUCCAUUGUCCCAAUUGAAAACCGUGGCAUAAUAAUGUAUAUAAAGAUUUAAAAGUGUUCAUGAAAAUGCAUUACAUUCGAAAAACAACUGGAAUGCUGCAGAUCUCAUACGAAACCAGACACACUUGAUUGGGUUUUAUGUAAUAAAUUGUUACAGGGAAUUAAAUGGAACUUGAGUGGCUUUGAACAUUUGUCACACAAAUUUGUAUAUGUAUUUCCAUGAUAUGAACAAAAAAUAAUGUACUUAGAGAAUCAUCUUCACAUGCUCCCUAAAUGGGUGGAUUAUAUUUUUAUGGUGUGUUUACUUUGUGGGAUAAAAUAAUAAUUGCAUCUUUAGUUUUAAUUAUAUGUUUAAUGUGAAGAUUAUUAUUACUAUGACUGAUAACUUUUUAACCCCAUAUAGUAAACUGGCCUUAACAGUUGACUGUAUAUUUUUUCACUUGUUUUAUGAUGAGCUUUAUCAUGGUAUGUAAUUUCUUCUCAAUCAUUUGAUCCUCGAAAUUAAUUUUUGGCCUAAAGUGACAAAGGUGUGUUGUUAGUUACUACUUUGUUAAAAUCUUAGAUUACAAAUGUGUAUAAACCUGAAGUAGCUAAAGCAUAUCUACAAGAAGAUUAGCCAAUGCAGGUUGUGGGAAGAUUAAUUUGUAUUGUUGAGAUGUCACAUGCCAUGCAUUUUUGGGACUAAAAUCAUGGAACCAAUGCAACCCAUCUCAGAUCAAAGGAAUAUUAUUGAAAUACAUUGAUAUUAUAGAGACAAGAUAUGGACAUAAAUAAGGUUUUUACUUUCAUUAGCUCAAAAUUCAAUUAUGUGCAGUGUUUUCACAUCAGAUACUUAACACUUUUUGGGUUAAUUUUUGAGCAUUUGUGGUGUGGAGACUAAAAAGUGAACCAUCCUUCAAUCUAAAGAAUUGGUAACACAAGAAAAUCCAGGAACAGAGGGAAUUAGGUUCAAACUGCUCGCAGAGUGUAAUUACUGCUGUAAUAUAUCAGGAUAAAGUCAAUUCGAAAAGAUAGAAAAAGUAUGAUCAUCUGGAACUAAUCUUAGAAAUUUAUUCAUGAAACUUUAACAUGACUUAGUUUUAUUACAAUGUAUUACUCAAUCUCAUGCUGCUAUCACAAUUGGAGAUAAUUCAUAAAACCUAGCAUAAUAUGCUCAGUCACAUUUAUCACAGAAACUUGUCGAAGUUCAGUUCAAUGAUACGGUCAACAAGAAUCUGGUAUGCUUUCUCUGUAGGAUGGAAGGUGUCCCAAAAUACAUACUUAGAAUGAUCUUCACAUGUUGCACUAAAUGGAUUGCACAACACAGCUGCUUCAACAAUCCCUGUCCCACAGCAACCUCUGUCACUUACCUCAAACCCUGAAAUGAUCAGUUACAUUUAUAUCCUCAGUCAUUUAUUUGUACAUCUUAAAGAAAUUAAGAAUGCAUGCUAACCAAAGUCUUCAGGAUUCUCGAUGAGUUGGAGCAGAAGUUCAUAUAUCUCAAGAUAGACAAUCUUCGAGUCUGCUAGGCUUUUGGAUAAUGAAUCCAGUUCAGACAAGAGCUCGGUGUUGACAACUUGUGCUGCCUUAUUGCGCACCUCAUUGCAAUUCCUCCGUAGUCCACCUGCCAAGGUUCGCUCGAGAGGCAAGCACCCGAUUGGUGGGGUGCCGAGCACCCCUAUCCUUCUUGCUCCGUGCUGGUGCAGUUCCUACAAGUAAGUUCAUAAUCGUAUCUUUUUGUCUGUCAUCUUACAUACUGCUGUGAAUUCUUGAAUUCUAGUACCUGUAUGAAAGUGGAAGCUUUAGAGACGAGGAAACGGGCAUAAGAAGCUAUACUAUACUCCAAGCGUCGAGUGCCAAUGGUGAAGUAAGUAUUAGCAAUAUCAUUAGUGCCCGCAACCAAUAGAUACAAGCUGUCUGCGAAAAAACUGCUGGCGGCUUCUUCCCCGAGCUCCCCUUUCACCCGUUCCAUAUACUCUUGAAAUAGCUUCAUCUGAGCAGGGAAUGAUAAAACAGACUGGAAUUCGACAGCAAGACACGACCCCAUGAGUGAGCACACCAAAUCAAGAACGAGGCAAGUUUGUAACUUUUGUUUUUAAGUUUGUAUUCAUACCGCUAACAGAGCUGUUUGCGGGUCGUAUCCUGUUCCUGCAGAAGCAAAGCUGACACCCUUUGUGAGAUCAUAUGAGUUCUUUUUGGUUUCAAGGUAUCUUGCCAUUGCUAAACCGGCCUGUCGGGAGCCUGCCUGGAAAAUCGACGCCGUAGGGUGGAAAAUUGCACUUCACUACAGUUACCAGCUCAUUGUUGUUGCCUGUAUCCAUGAUCGAAUCCCCAAAAAUAAUAAGCGCAGGAACUGUUACGUUUGGCGGAGGCUGCGCAGUCACAGCCCCGGCGCAGGAGCUAAUUGUGCGCGCCAAAAUGCUUACGAAGAAAAUCCGAUAAACCAUCGUUAGUAUAUACAAAACCUGCAUUGAAAUGACCCCAAAAAUAACUCAGCUUCUUGUGGAUCAAAAGAAGUUUGGGAAGCAGAUAAGUAUACAAAGACAUUGUUCUGUUCAAGACAGUUAUAUAACGAAGUGAAUAGCUUUUUGCUGUAGAAAACUAUGAUGCUUUACCAGUCAAUUGUAUGAAAACCAGUAAAAUUGUACCUCCUAAGCAACGUGUAGAUAGAUAACUAAAAUAGGUACAAAUUAGGGAAAACUGUAUAAUAGCCGCACGUAAUUUUGCAAAAUUAUGUCAAAUUCUUCGUACUUUUAAAAUUGCGUUAAACUCUUCGUGGUUUUAUAAAAUUUGCGUCUAACUGUUCUUAUUUAACGGUGUUUGACUUACCCAAAAUUUUUAUACUUCUAAAACAGUGUUAAAUUCCUUAUAGUUUCAUAAAUUUUAUAUCAAAGGUUGUUCUUAUUUCGAUUUACAUGUCUAGGCAAGCUGAUAAUUUCAAAAGCUUAAAAAUGAAGAUUCUAAAAUCCAUUUGUUGUUUGGGUAGACCAUCGAAAGGGUUAAACACAAAAUUUAUAAAAAUCAUAAGAAGAAAUUUGAUGUAAUUUUAUGAAACACAUAAGUUUUGCUUACGAAUUAAAUUUGUGAUGAUAUCAAUUAGCAUAUAUAUAGCUUAAACGUCACUGAUGAAUGAAAAUGCAAUAUGGGCAUAUAAAAUCAAUGGACCAAAAUAGAACAAGUUCAUCCAAGAAUCAAUACAACUUUAAUGGAAUAGGGAAGUAGACAUAAAGUUACAUUAGAUAUAUAUUAUUAGUUGUGCAAUAAUAUGUAUAAACACUCCAGUGAACAAUCUCAUAGUGCAAUUGCAAGCUACCUACCAAGAAUCAUAACAAUUGAUGAAAGCACACUUAAGUAGUAUUUUGUGUGAUUAUUGUGAAAAAAAAUGACAAUUCUAUUUGAGCUGACAACAGCAAUUGUCUAUGCUUGGAUUCUAGAAGAUUCUCCCACGGCAUUUUCCAUUCGAGCGUACCAGUUACCUAUGCGCGUGUGCUCCACCAUGUCUUUACCAGACUUGAGAUAGCGGAUAGGUCUCAAAACGCCGUAGACAGCGAGAUCAGCUAAGUUGGGCUUGGAUCCGCCU